UGCCAAUAAUUGAGGCUUCCUCAGUGCCAUCAACAACCGACAACAACGCAGCAAUCCUGCACAAGCAAAUAGCCUGUGGACAACUGGCACAAAGAUGGGUAUUCACGAUGAACGCGGUACAGCAAUGCUAUUGUCAGGUGGCUGCCUCCUCGUUAGUCUGCUUACCAUGGCAAAGGCAGCCCUGAGGCCCAUGCCGUCGGAAUUGGAUGCCAAUCUUCGUACUGUAAUAAGUGUGGCUGGCUUUUCAUACAAUGGAGCAAAUUCUCUUCUUGCGAUUGGUUGGUUAUGGGGAGCCAAUUGUAGUAACCGCAGCUGCCUAGAAAAAGUUCUACUUGUGACCAAAAUACGGAUCGGCAUUGCGGGCAUUUUUAUGGGCUUUAUCUUUUACGUGAUCUGGCAAACGGGACGUACGAAUCUCUUGCAUAUAUUCCCUAUUUUUUGGGGAGUCAAGAAUCAAGAUCUGAUUCCUGGGUCACUACCUGCCCCCUCUCGCAUGGGAAAUGACGACUGGAGACUGCACUCCGAAGCUAUAUUGCGACAGAGCGUCGACUUCCUGCCGGGCCCGAACUUCCUGGCGAUGGCUCUGACCAAUCCAGCCAGCAAGAAUAAAGAGAAAGAUCCCGACAAGAGGAACGACGACCUUGAUGAAAAAACUAAAAGGAGCAUUCAAAGGUCGGCGCUAAAAGCUGCGGCCGACAAGGUGAAAGAUGAAGAUCCUAAAAAGAAGAAGGACAAGCUUGAUCUUGACAAGUUGAUCCUACUGAUAUUGCUGGUUGCGGCCUUGAUAGGAGCGCUUGCUGCCGAGGUGAUCGUCUUUCGCAGAUUGGACCAAUUCGUCAAGAGCUUACCCGAGUAACCGCAGGAAGGUUUUCUCGGGGUGCACCGCGCACACAGCACGGCACGAUCUCCGACUCGCCACCAAAACCGAAGAUUUUGCGCCUAAAUUACAAAUUCCGGGGCGUACAACGUCCUUAUGAUUC